AUGUCAACUCGAAAUAAUGGUAAUAAUGAAGUCAUAACAAUAUCCUUAAAUACAUUCUAUGGUACAUCACUUAUAUUAACUUUUUUGGGUGGGUCAUAUUUAACUUAUAACAGAUAUCUUAAACAAUAUCGAAAUGUAAAAGAUAUUCCAACUAAUUUAUUUAGGAAGAAAUGGUUAUAUGGGAAAGUAACUGCUGUUGGAGAUGGGGAUAACUUUCAUUUUUAUCACUUACCUGGUGGGAUUCUUGGAGGUUGGGGCUGGUUAAGAAAGAUUCCUGAACUAGAACCAAACACAACAAUGAAAAUUAUUAAUUCAAAAAAUAUGACAGCUUCUGAUAAACCUUUCCAUCAACUAUCAUUCAAGUCAUUUUCUAAAAGGAUAAAAGAUAUUUCUUCAAUGUCAUCCUCCCAAAGGAAUCUGAAGUUAAAGUCAAGUUAUUAUAUGAAUUUAAAACCACGAUACAAGGGGAGAAGAGGUUUACCGACUAUUCCAAUCAGAAUAUCUGGUAUUGAUGCACCAGAGAGAGCACAUUUUGGAAACCAAGGACAACCAUUUGGCGAUGAAGCAUUAAAUUGGCUUCGAUAUCGAUUGUUGAACAAGAAAGUAUGGAUAAAACCAUUAAGAAUAGAUCAAUAUAAUCGUUGUGUUGCCAGAACAGUCUACUGGUCGUGGGUUGGAGGAUGGAAGGAUAUUGGAUUACAAAUGAUAAAGGAAGGCCUUGCUGUUGUGUAUGAGGGAAAAAUGGAUGCAGAAUUCGAUAACAAGAAAAAGAUAUAUCAAUUUCAUGAAUUCCUUGCCAAAUCUCAAAGAAGAGGGUUAUGGAUCCAAAAAAGUAUUCAGACUCCUGGUCAAUUCAAGAAAAAAACAUAA